AUGGAGUGUUCUUCCUGUGAGAAAUUCGCAGAAGUCUACGGUUUCCAGCCAUUGAUCAUAGCUCCCACCAUGUCCAAAAUAACCGCAGACAGUUCCUCGGAAGACGAAGUCGGUGCCGUCAAGCGUUUACCAGUGGCCAACUCCAGCACUCCGUUGAUCAUCGACACAAGCGCCAACAACAGCAACAGCAACGGCAAAAAAGGUGGCGCCACCACAGUGGGCAACGAUGACCCCAAAGAUGAAGUCUCCGAAAUGCUAGAUAAGGUCAUGGAAGCAGUGCGUUCAUCGCCCACCAAUGACGCCAAGAAAGGGGUAUCGAUCAUCGCAAUCAAAAAAUACCUAAAGUUGCAGUACCGAGUGCGGAAGGCGCAAAUCACCCAACAGCUCAAGCCGGCCAUGGAGGCGGCCCUGAACCGGAAACUGCUGGUCAAGGUUUCCGGCAAUCGUGGCGUGCUGAUGGGCUCGGUCAAGUUGAAUCCGGCCAACAGCCGGAAGUCGGAGAGCGGAUCAGGCGAGUCGGAUGAGAGGGAAGAAAGCGAUGAGGAGGAACCCGCAGCUGCGGUGAAGGAGGACACCGGAAGCAGGAAGCGCAAGGUCGGCGGGGAUGAAAUCGCGAAGAGUGCCAGGGUGGCCAAGCGAUUGAAGGCCUAGGGUUGGGGGAAUUUUGUUACAUACUUAUUUAUUUUUGUUACUGUUGCUCUAAUCGCUUCCACGAGAAGCUUUUGGGAGGACUUUUGGAAAAUGUUGGUUAUUAUGUGUUACAAAUUUGAUUUUUCCGUA